AUGCUGCAGUCCUCGCUCUCCGGCUGGCUGAAGAAGCCCGCCGCCAGCAGCGAGACCGCGCCGCCGCCGCCGCCGCCGCCCCGAGCUCCAGCCGCCCCGAGACGGCCGCCGCCACCGCCCAAAUCCACCUCGGCGCCUCCCCGCCUGCCGCUGAACCGCGCGCCCCCCAGCACAGCGCCCACGCCCACGCCCAAGACGACCGAGCAGUGGAACGACAUACCCGAAGACUUCCUCUCCGCACCCUCGUCACGCCCGCGCUCGAAGAAGAGCCCCCGUCCCUCCGCCACACCCACUCCCGCCAGCGUCUCGCGCACACGCUCAACCGCGCCAACACCCCCCGUCCCGGGCAAAGAAGCCCCGCUAUCGAACCUGUUCUCGCUGCGCCCUCUGCCCCCCAACGUCGAGCUCGUGCCCCUCACGCCCGACCACCUCGACGCAUACAAAACCCUCAACGCCCUCACGCUGCCGAUCCCGUACCCCGACUCCUUCUACAAGGAGACCAUGACGGAGCCGCACCACAGCAUAACCCUGAUUGCACUGUGGCACCCCACACGCCCCAGCACAAGCCCGUCCAGCGAGGGCGAGCCAGCCCCAGCCAGCCCCAGCGUGGUCGGCGCAAUCCGCUGCCGCCUGCUGCCCGAGUCGCAGCUGUACAUCAGCACCAUCGGCGUGCUCGCGCCGUACCGCGAGCACGGCAUCGCCGUGCACCUGCUCGCCGCCGUGGUGCCGCGGGCCGUGGCCCAGCACGGCGUGCGCUGCGUGACGGCGCACGUCUGGGAGGCCAACGAUGCGGGACUGCAGUGGUACCUGAAGCGCCGCUUCGACGUCGUCGGGAAGCAGGAGAGUUACUACAGGAAGCUGCAGCCCUCGGGCGCGCUUCUGGUGCGCAAGUGGAUCGGGAUCGGGGAUCUGUUGGCGCGUGCGGAGGGAGGGGGAGGGGCGUGA